AGCGGGCUGGCUGCGCUGCGGCGGCCCCUGCGCUGUGUGGCGAGAGCGGCUGGAAGGGAGGCAGGGCAGCGGCGGGAGGCAGGAGCGCGGCGAGCGCAGGCGGCAGAGAAUGGCGGUGAGGCGGCGGCAGAGGCGCGGGCCGGGCGGCGGGCGAGCGCUGCUGGCCGCGCUGCUGCUGUGCGUGUGGUGCCGGGCGGCGGCCGAGCGGGUCCGCUACGCCAUCCCCGAGGAGCUGGGCAGAGGCUCGCUCGUGGGGCCGCUGGCGCGGGACCUGGGGCUCAGCGCGGACGAGCUGCCGGCGCGCAAGCUGCAGGUGGCGUCUGCCGGCAAGAAGCAGCUGAAAUACUUCACGGUGAAUGAGGAGAACGGGAACCUGUACGUGAACGAAAGGCUGGACCGGGAGCAGAUGUGCGGCAAGUCGCCGACCUGCUCUCUCAGCUUUGAGGCGCUGGUGCACAACCCGCUGAACAUUUUCCAAGUGGAGGUUGCGAUCGAGGACGUGAAUGACAACUCCCCAGUUUUCAGCAAGGCUGCUCUGGACCUCGAGAUCGGUGAAUGGACACUUCCCGGUGCUCGUUUUCCCUUGGAAAUGGCACGAGAUGCAGACUUAGGAAGCAACUCACUGCUGACUUAUCAACUCACGAGCGAACCGUCCUUCUCACUGUCAGUGAAACAAAAGCCGGGUGGAAAGAAGCAGCCGGAAUUAGUACUGGAGAGAGCGUUGGACCGGGAGAAGCUGAGUUCCUUUGAGCUGGUGCUGACAGCAGUGGACGGCGGGGAACCUGCGAGGUCUGGGACUGUCCUCAUUCGCAUCAACGUCACAGACGCAAAUGACAACCCGCCCGUGUUCAGCAAAAGCCUCUACGAGGCGCGAGUGGCGGAGAAUUUGCCGGUGGGGUCUCCAGUGCUGCAGGUGCGAGCCACGGAUGCGGACGUGGGCUCAAACGGGCGACUUUCCUACUCGUUCAGCAACGUCCCAGAUGACGUGCUCUCGUUGUUCUCAAUCGAGAGCGAGAGUGGAGAGAUCAGAACUGUGGGCCCACUCGAUUUUGAGGAAGAAAAAAAAUACGUUUUCGGCUUGGAGGCGACGGACGGUGGCGGGCUCACUGAUCACUGCGAAGUGCAGAUCGACAUCACGGACGAGAACGACAACGCGCCCGAAAUCACGAUUCUUUCACUGUCGAGCCCCGUGCCUGAGGACGCAGCGGUCGGCAGCGUGGUGGCCCUGCUGAACGUGAACGAUCCGGACUCGGGCGAGAACGGUCAGGUGUCGUGCGAGCUGUCGGGAGAGGCGCCGCUGUCGAUCGUGGCGUCCUCGGGCGGCUCGUACAAGGUGGUGACGGCGGGCGCGCUGGACCGAGAGCAGGCGUCCGAGCAUCGCGUGACGGUGGUGGCCCGGGACCGGGGCAGGCCGGCGCUGUGGAGCAGCAGGGAGCUGGUGCUGGAGGUGUCGGACGUGAACGACAACGCGCCGGUGUUCGAGGAGGCGGCGUACAGCGCGUACGUGGCGGAGAACAACGCGGCGGGCGCGCUGGUGCUGCGCGUGCAGGCGCGGGACGCGGACGCGGGCGCCAACGGGCGCGUGAGCUACUGGCUGGCGGGCGGCAGCGCGGGCGCGGCGGGCGCGGCGCCGCUCGUGUCGGUGGAGGCGCGGAGCGGCGCGCUGUACGCGCAGCGCUCCUUGGACUACGAGCAGUGCCGCGAGUUCACGGUGGCGGUGCGGGCGCAGGACGGCGGCUCGCCGGCGCGCAGCUCCACGGCCACGGUGCGCGUCUUCGUGCUGGACCGCAACGACAACGCGCCGCGGGUGCUGUGGCCGGCGGCGGCGGCGGCGGGAGAGGCUGCGGGAGGGGCGGCGGCUCCUUUCGAGGUGGUGCCGCGUUCUGCCGAGGCCGGCUACCUGGUGGCCAAGGUGGUGGCGGUGGACGCGGACGCGGGGCGCAACGCGUGGCUGUCGUACGAGCUGGUGCAGGCGUCGGAGCCGGCGCUGUUCCGCGUGGGGCUGCACAGCGGCGAGGUGCGCACGGCGCGCGCCGUGUCCGAGCGGGACGCGGCCAAGCAGCGGGUGGUGGCCGUGGUGAAGGACCACGGGCAGCCGGCGCUGUCGGCCACGGCCACGCUGCACGUGGUGCUGGCCGAGAGCUUGCAGGAGGCGCUGCCGGAGCUGAGCGAGCGGGCGGCGGGCGCCGAGGCGGCGGCGGCCGAGCUGCAGUUCUACCUGGUGCUGGCGCUGGCGCUGCUGUCGGCGCUCUUGGUGCUGAGCGUGGCGCUGGCCGUGCUGGCGCGGCUGCGGCGGGCCGGGCCGCCCGCCGUGCUGCGCUGCCUGGGCGCGCAGCGCUUCUCGGUGGCCGGCGCCGCCUUCCCGGCCGACUUCUGCGAGGGCACCUUGCCCUACUCCUACAACCUGUGCGUGGCGGCGCCGGCCCGCGCCGUGCCCGAGGCCGCUUGGCCGCCGCCGCCGGUGCCCAUCCUGUCUGCGGAGGAGCUUCUGGGCGGGGAUUGCUGCGAGAAGCCGAGCCCGAGCAGUAACCUCGUCUUGGGAGAGCCGCCCUCCGAUCCGGAUGCACCGCAGGUCUGUAAAGCGUGA